AUGCCUCGUAUCCCCAUCCCCGUCAUUCUGUGCGGCCGCACCGCCGCCGUAGGUAGACCCGUAUCGCAACUCCUCCUCCCAGACUACGAAGUAAUCCACUUCAUCACCUCACCGGAGAGCGCGCACGCCGACCUCCCGGUCCUCCUAGCCGGUCGCGACCCGCAGUCUGCCACGCCCAACGACAUCGGCACGCACAACUACAGCCAGCCGCCGCGCGCCGUGAUCUUCGGCCGCGGGUUCGCUCCUGAUUUCGUCCAGGGGCUGAGGAAGGCGUAUGCUGAUCGGAGCACUGAGCCCGUGGCUUGGGUAGCGGGGGAUCCGGCUAAAGUGCCGACCGGUGUCCCGGGGCCGGGAUAUGCUGAGGAGACGGUGAAUUCGUUGAAGGGUGUACUGGCGGGUUGGAGGGGGGAAGUGGAUGAUGAUGUUCUACUGUACUAG